CUCAACCACAGUCCUAUACCUCUCCCCCAAUCUCUCUCUCCUCUCUCAGUAACAGUGUAUAACCGUUUCUAAAAAAAAUGAUAACCUGGCACGACCUCUACGUGGUCCUAACCGCCAUGGUUCCACUCUACGUAGCCAUGAUCCUUGCCUACGGCUCGGUGAAAUGGUGGAAGAUCUUCACCCCGGACCAAUGCUCCGGCAUCAACCGUUUCGUGGCCGUGUUUGCCGUUCCCCUCCUCUCCUUCCACUUCAUCUCCCUCAACGACAUCUACGCGAUGAACUUCCGGUUCAUCGCGGCCGACUCCCUCCAGAAAGUGAUCAUGCUGAUCGCCCUGGCCGCGUGGGCCAACCUCACCAAAAACGGCACCCUGGAGUGGUCCAUCACCAUCUUCUCCCUCUCCACCCUCCCAAACACCCUCGUCAUGGGCAUCCCCCUCCUCAUCGCCAUGUACGGCAACUACUCCGGCAUGCUCAUGGUCCAGCUCAUCGUCCUCCAAUGCAUCGUCUGGUAUACCCUCCUUCUCUUCCUCUUCGAGUUCCGCGCCGCCAAGAUGCUCAUCUCCGAGCAGUUCCCCGAGACCGCCGCCUCCAUCGUCUCCUUCAAGGUCGAAUCCGACGUCAUCUCCUUGGACGGCCAGGAUUUUUUGGAGACCGACGCCGAGAUCGGCAACGACGGCAAGCUCCAUGUCACCGUCAGAAAAUCCAACGCCUCGCGCCGGUCUUUCUCCGGGAUCACUCCGCGGCCUUCCAAUCUCACCGGCGCAGAGAUUUACAGCCUCAGCUCGUCCAGGAAUCCGACGCCGAGAGGCUCCAAUUUUAACCACUCCGAUUUCUACUCGAUGAUGGGGAUGGGGAGGUUGUCGAAUUUCGGAAACUCCGAUACCGGUAGAAUGUCGAAUUUCAACAUUGCUGAUUUGUAUUCCGUUCAGUCGUCGAGGGGGCCCACGCCUCGCCCGUCGAAUUUCGAAGAGAACGCGGCUCCCGGAGGCCUCAUCAAUUCUCCGAGAUUCGGCUACUUCCCGCCGCAGCCGGCGCCCACCUCUUACCCGGCUCCCAAUCCCGAAAUCGCUUCCGCUCUGCCAAAAAGCAGCGCCAAGGCACUGACGCAUCCUCAAAUUCAAACACAAACUCAAACUCAAUCGCAACAAACUAAGGCCAACCACGACGCAAAAGAGCUCCACAUGUUUGUGUGGAGCUCAAGCGCAUCACCGGUGUCUGACGCCGCUGGGCUACACGUGUUCGGCGGCCCAGACUCCGAACAAUCCGGGCGGUCCGAUCCUGGCGCCAAGGAAAUCCGCCUCAUGGUUACUGAUAAUCCCCAAAAUGGGGACACCAAAGAAGGAGCUCCGCAAAGUGGCGAGGCAGGGCGGGAGAACUUCACCUUCGGCGGCGACGAGGAGAAAGAAAAGGAAGGCGCUGCAGUGCCGGCGGAGAUGGAGGUGAAUGCCGGUAGCGUGCUCGGCGGCGGCGGCGUAAAACACAUGCCUCCGGCAAGUGUCAUGAUGCGCCUUAUCUUGAUUAUGGUUUGGCGUAAGCUUAUCCGAAACCCCAACACCUACUCCAGCCUCAUUGGCCUAAUUUGGUCGUUAGUCUCUUUUAGGUGGAAUGUGAAAAUGCCUGCAAUUGUAGAUGGGUCGAUCAAAAUUCUCUCAGAUGCCGGUCUUGGAAUGGCUAUGUUUAGUUUGGGUCUGUUUAUGGCCCUUCAACCGAAGAUAAUCGCAUGUGGCAACUCCGUUGCUACCUUCGCGAUGGCAGUGAGGUUUCUCACCGGCCCGGCAGUGAUGGCCGCCGCCUCCAUCGCCGUCGGCCUACGUGGCACCCUUCUACACAUCGCAAUUGUGCAGGCUGCGCUUCCACAAGGCAUUGUUCCAUUUGUUUUCGCUAAAGAAUACAACGUCCAUCCGCAAAUUCUCAGCACUGCGGUUAUUUUCGGAAUGUUGAUCGCGUUACCGAUUACACUCGUCUAUUAUAUUAUUCUUGGCCUAUGAAGUAAUUCAAAGUGAGAAUAGGUCGAGGGUAAUGAUAUCACUCAUAUGGAUAGCAACGAUUUUCAAGGUUGGAGCUUUGAGUGAUUAGAAGAAGAGAGAGAGAAUCUGUGCUUCUUCAAUUCCCAGAAACUUGGAGAAAGUUGUAGGUAUUUGAUUUUAGAUAAUAUGAGUCCCUGAUGAUGAGGAUCGUGGCUCCAGUUUCAGACAACAAAAAGUCCAUGGAUGAUGAAAAAUAAAGUGGGCUAAUACUUGUGGAUGGGGGACAUUGCUGAGGCAAUCAAGGAGCCAAAAUUUAGGAUUAAAUUAAUUAGUAGUAUUAAUCUUUUCAUCAUCUAAUAUACUAGUAUAUUUUAUAUUCCUCUUUGCUCCACGCUUUCUGCUCUUUGUGUUUAUUAUUGAAUUUUGUGAUGACUGUAUUCGUUUUUGUUGCUUUCUUGAGAAUUAAUGUAAAUUUCUUCUAGAUCCAUUAUCAAACAUUUGAAUUUUUAUCA